AACGACCUCUCCCAACAACCAACUUCCUUUCUCACACCAGACCCGUGUAUACUACAUCCCAUUUACAUUCACUUCCCCUGUCUCCAUAUCCCGAAAAUCUUCACACACGCUUGCGCGGGCGAAUAAUCUGAAGAUCUGUAAUUUGUGAAUAUUUGUUCAUAUAUGUCAGAGAGGGAUUUGAGGAGAAGGAUCACGGCGUCCCGUAGAGCUAAUAGCAGAAGCAGAACAGGAAAAUCAUCUCCAUCACCAUCGCCGGCACCGUCACGGUUAAAAUUUCGGAGUAGUAGGCCACCAGUUGAUGUCUGGUUGAGGAAGUCAUCGGAGAACUUGAGGAUUUUGCAGAGAUCCAAAUCGGAGCCGUUGCUAUGGAGAGGUGGAGGUGGAGUGGAGGAUCGGAGCUUGACGUCGGUGACUGAUAUAGAUGUAGGAGUGCUUUACCGGCCGCAGACGUGCAAUGAUAUAUUCUCGUCACCGGAGAAUUUGUUGCCUCGGUCUCCAAAUGUCGAGAGGUACAACAAAGACUCCAAGGUUGUAGUUAAUGUAACAUUUGAGGGAAGUCCUGGGCCAAUCCGAACAAUGGUGAAAUUAGGAUCCAGUGUUGAGGAGAUGAUAAAGCUUGUGAUUAGAAAGUACAACUCGGAAGGCCGCACUCCUCGUCUGGAUAAAGAUUUUGCUUCGAGAUGUGAAUUACACCACUCGUACUUCAGCCUUCAAUGUUUGAGCAAGUCAGAUAUAAUUGGGGAUGUCGACAGCAGAAGUUUUUAUUUGCGAAAGUGCAGCAUUGAUCGAGGUGAAAGUUCUCCAAAUACAAACAACAUCCCUAUGAAUGCGAACAAUGACCUUCCUUUCAUUCCAAGUUUCAUUAGCCAACAUAUGAACAAAAUUGUCAGAAGAACACGACGACUUUGGAAACUUUUAGGAUGCAUCUAAUGUCGUCUUUACCAGAGUAACACAAUAUUAUGUUGUUGCUCUGACAUUUUUACGGUUCAUUCUUUUUUCCUUUUUAA